CAUCAGUGAAUUGCAAUGAGUGGAGGAGGCGAGCAGCCGGAUAUCCUCAGUGUUGGAAUCCUGGUCAAAGAAAGAUGGAAAGUAUUGAGGAAGAUUGGGGGUGGGGGCUUUGGAGAAAUUUACGAUGCCUUGGACAUGCUUACCAGGGAAAAUGUUGCACUGAAGGUGGAAUCAGCUCAACAACCAAAACAAGUUCUGAAAAUGGAAGUUGCUGUAUUGAAAAAACUACAAGGGAAAGACCAUGUUUGUAGAUUUAUUGGCUGUGGGAGGAAUGAUCGAUUCAACUACGUGGUCAUGCAGUUGCAGGGUCGGAAUCUGGCGGAUCUACGCCGUAGCCAGUCCCGGGGCACAUUCACCAUUAGCACUACUCUUCGGUUGGGUAGACAGAUUCUGGAGUCUAUUGAGAGCAUCCAUUCUGUGGGAUUCUUGCACCGAGACAUCAAACCGUCAAACUUUGCCAUGGGUCGCUUUCCUAGUACAUGUAGGAAAUGUUACAUGCUUGAUUUUGGCUUGGCUCGACAAUUUACCAAUUCCUGUGGUGACGUCAGACCACCUCGAGCUGUGGCAGGCUUUCGAGGGACAGUUCGUUACGCAUCAAUCAAUGCUCAUCGGAACAGGGAAAUGGGAAGACAUGAUGACCUUUGGUCCUUAUUCUACAUGUUGGUGGAAUUUGUGGUUGGUCAGCUGCCUUGGAGAAAAAUAAAGGACAAGGAACAAGUGGGCUCUAUUAAGGAGAGGUAUGACCACAGGCUUAUGUUGAAACAUCUCCCUCCAGAAUUCAGCAUCUUUCUGGACCACAUCUCCUCUUUGGAUUAUUUUACAAAACCAGACUACCAGCUUCUUGCAUCCGUGUUUGACAACAGCAUCAAGACCUUUGGAGUAAUUGAGAGUGACCCUUUCGACUGGGAGAAGACUGGAACUGAUGGCUCCCUCACCACCAUCACUACUUCUACCACUCCUCAGCUGCACACCCGCUUGACCCCUGCGGCAAUCGGAAUUGCCAAUGCCACUCCCAUCCCAGGAGACUUGCUUCGAGAAAAUACAGAUGAGGUGUUUCCAGAUGAACAGCUUAGUGAUGGAGAGAAUGGCAUCCCUGUUGGUGUGUCACCAGAUAAAUUGCCUGGAUCUCUGGGACACCCUCGUCCCCAGGAGAAGGAUGUCUGGGAAGAGAUGGAUACCAACAGGAAUAAGAUAAAGCUUGGGAUUUGUAAGGCUGCUACUGAAGAGGAGAACAGCCAUGGUCAAGCAAAUGGUAUUCUGAAUGCUCCAAGCCUCGGUUCACCAAUUCGUGUCCGCUCAGAGAUUACUCAGCCAGACAGAGAUGUUCCAUUGGUGCGAAAGUUACGUUCCAUCCACAGCUUUGAGCUGGAAAAACGUUUGGUGCUGGAGCCAAAGCCAGAUACUGACAAGUUUCUUGAGACUUGCUUGGAGAAAAUGCAGAAAGAUUCCAGUGAAGGAAAGGAAUCUGUUCUCCCUGCUCUGCUUCAUAAGCCUUGUGUUCCUGCUGUGUCCCGUACUGACCACAUCUGGCACUAUGAUGAAGAGUAUCUUCCAGAUGCUUCCAAGCCUGCCUCUGCCAACACCCCUGAGCAGGCAGAUGGUGGUGGCAGCAAUGGAUUUGUAGCCGUUAACCUGAGCUCCUGCAAGCAGGAGGUUGACUCCAAAGAAUGGGUGAUUGUGGAUAAGGAACAGGACCUUCGGGAUUUUAGGACAAAUGAGGCUUUAGGCCAUAAAACAACUGGAAGCCCUUCCGAUGAGGAACCCGAAGUCCUUCAAGUCCUAGAGGAAUCGCCUCAAGAUGAAAAGCUCCGAUUGGGUCCUUGGGCAGAAAAUGAUCAUUUAAAGAAGGAAACCUCAGGUGUGAUCUUAGCAGUUUCUGGGAAGUGCCCUGCCACUGCUGCUUCAGAACAAUAUGCAGAUAGGCUGGAACUCCAGGCUGGAGCUGCUAGUCAAUUUAUUGCAGUGACACCCACAAGUCCAAUGGAGGCACAAGCAGAAGGACCCCUUACAGCAAUUACAAUUCCUAGACGUUCUGUGGCAUCUACACAGUCGACUUCAGGUAGCUUUCAUUAUGGUCAGCUGCCAGAAAAGAAAGACCUUCAUCCCAUGGAGCCCACUGUGGAACUUUACUCUCCAAGGGAGAGCUUCUCUGGCUUGGUUGUGACAGAGCGCGAACCUCCUAGUGGAGGAAACAGAACAGACUUUGGGCUUCAGAUAGAUCAUAUUGGUCAUGACAUGUUACCCAGCAUUAGAGAGUGUGACAGCUCCCAAGACCUGGGACCAAAAGACCUUCCUGACCAUAACAGACUGGCUGUGAGAGAAUUUGAGGGUCUCCCUAGGGAAACGGAAGAGAAAAGCAUGCUUGUGGGGUCAGAUAAUGAAGAUGAGAAGUUGAGUAAAGGGCAGCCUUAUAUUGAGAUCUCCCCUCUCCCAGGAGACUUGGUGACGGUGGAAAGGGAUCACUCAGCUACUACUGAACCUCUUGAUGUGACAAAGACACAGACUUUUAGUGUGGUGCCAAAUCAAGACAAAACUCACGAGACAGUGAAGCUUUUGGCAGUUGGCACUUCAGCGAUAUCUCCACGAGUUAUUGACCAACAUGUUGAAGGACAGAUAGGCCAGGUGGCAGCAAUGCAAAAAGGUAAGAUAUCUAAGGAGGAUGACAUCAAGAGUGAAGACUUGCUGAGUCAUCAAGGAGACCUCUCUACUUUUUUGCACCAAGAGGGUAAGAGAGAGAAAAUUGCCCCUAGAAAUGGAGAACUAUUUCAUUCUGUUUCAGAGAGUGAACAUUGUCCUCCAUCUCGGAAGGAUGUGGUUAGGUCAUCCUUUGUAACUAGACACAGCCGAAUCCCUGUUUUAGCACAAGAGAUAGAUUCAACUUUUGAAUCAUCCUGUCCAGUCUCUGCAAAAGAGAAGCUCCUCCAAAAGAAAGCUUAUCAGCCAGAUCUAGUCAAGCUUCUGGUGGAAAAAAGGCAACUCAAGUCUUUCCUUGGGGACCUCUCAAGUGCCUCUGAUAAAUUGCUAGAGGAGAGAUUAUCCACUAUUCCUGCUCCUUUUUCUGAGGAGGAAGUCUUCACUCCCUUUUCAAGACUGGCUGUAGACUCACACCUGAGCAGGUCAGCCGAAGACAGCUUUCUGACACCCAUCAUCUCCCAGUCCAGAAAGAGCAAAAUUCCAAGGCCAGUUUCAUGGAUCAACACAGAUCAAAUCAACAGCUCAACUUCAUCUCAGUUCUUGCCUCGGCCACCACCAGGAAAGCCACCCAUGAGGCCUGGAGUAGAAGCCAGGCUCCGCAGAUAUAAAGUCCUAGGGAGUAGCAGUUCCGACUCAGACCUUUUCUCCCGCCUGGCCCAAAUUCUUCAAAAUGGAUCUCAGAAACCCCGGAGCACUACUCAGUGCAAGAGUCCAGGAUCCCCUCACAACCCAAAAACACCACCCAAGAGUCCAGCUGUCCCUCGCAGGAGUCCCAGUGCCUCUCCUCGAAGCUCUUCCUUGCCUCGCACAUCCAGUUCCUCACCAUCUAGGGCUGGACGGCCCCAUCAUGACCAGAGGAGUUCAUCCCCGCAUCUGGGGAGAAGCAAGUCACCUCCCAGCCACUCAGGAUCUUCCUCGUCCAGGAGGUCCUGCCAACAGGAGCACUGCAAACCCAGUAAGAAUGGCCUGAAAGGAUCCAGCAGCCUCCACCACCACUCGGCCAGCGCUAAAGCCCCCCCAGGGAAGAGUAAGUCAGCCAGUAAACUCAGCAGAUAGGAGCUGGGCUGCAUCUCUGUGAAAGGUGUGAGAUCUUCCUCCUAAAUCUGAUACAUGUGUGUCCCUGUACUGUCUAUUUAAAAAAAUCAGUGUUGAUCUUGUCUUGCAAAAGAAAGUAACAUGAUAAAAUAUUUAUAAGAAGAUGUAUGAUAAGAAAUUACCUAAGAUAGGCAGCAAGCAGAUCAGGAAUCAAUGUCUUUGCGUAGGAAGGGGCAAGCCAGCAAAAUCCAAGGGGGUGAAACUGGCUAAAUGAACUCUCAUUUCUUAUCUGCCUUCAAAACAAAAAUGUUGAUGGUAGGGGGUGGAUUGGAAUUUUAAGGGGUUUAGCCUACUUUUUUUUAAGGCUCUACUAAAAGAUUAUAUAGCAAAAGUGAAACUUCUUACUUUAAUAUUUGCUUUCCAAACUUCCCAACCUCGGAGAGUCAGAAUUGCUCCGAUAUUAGAAUAUGUAAGAAGUGUGUUGCUGGGGAGCCAGUGCUCGUAUACAUUUGGCUUGUGUGUUUAUCUGGUGUAUUGAGAGUUCACACCUUUACUUUGCCUCAUUCCUAGUACCCUCCCUGGAUUUCACAUUUUUUAAAGUUAGUGUUUGUCACCUGAUCCAGUCUCUCUUAUUUUGACAAUACAUUCUAACGUGCUUUUGGCAGCACGUGCUGAGAAUUUCAAAUCCAAUUACUUUUCUAAAUCCCCUAAUAUUUCUCUUUGGAGCAACAGUUACUUAACUCAGUAUAUUUUUAUUGUGAAAAAUAACUGAUGAAACUUAGGUAAAGGAAGGAAAAGUCUAAAUAAAACUACUUUGCAGGCUUCAGUGCUUUAGGGAGAGGGACGGAGUAUGGAGUAAUACCCUUCAAGAUAGAAGAACCCUCUUUCCCCUGUUAGUUUCCUCCUUGUGGAAGGAAAACUGACCAGAGUAGACCUUGCUUCCUUAAAUCUUCUAGGUACCAACUAUUUCUACUAUCAACCUCCAAGACAAUACCAGGGAAGUACAUUGCUGUGGAAUGUGACUUUAUGCUUUUAGAGCUUUAGAAAGAAAAAUAGGAAGAAAUUAGGUAUGUUGAGGCUUAAAAUUCUCAAACUUUGUAUUUUAUACAUUUAGCCAAUAAGGAAUGAGUAUCUGAGAAAAUAAAUUUAGGCUCAAUAUUUAUCUUUUAAGAUUUUAUUACCUGUUUCACCUGUGCUUUAGUUUGACUAUUUGGGCUUCUUGACCUGAUUUCCAUGUAAUCUUAAUUUAUAAAGCUGUAAGGAGGAUCAUAUUUGUUCUGAUCUCACUCUUCUGCUAAGAGGAAUCAGUGAAAGUUAAAUUAUACUAGAUUUUUUAAAUGAGUUCUUUUAUACUCACAGUUUUUGUGUUGUAAAGACCUUAUUAAGGUCACGUAAAUUGGUCUGCUUGCUGUUGAAAUUUGCCUUCUAGCAAACAUCUGUGCUUUGUCUUUGACCUUGUGUUUGCUGCCAAACCUAAUACGGUUGAAUUGGAAAACAGAAAAAAAGAUAUUUCCUCACCAAGUGAACAUAUUCUAAUGCUGCAUCAAAGCUGCCCUGAAGCUGCACUGAACUUAUCUUGUUCUCUUUAUCUGUGUUGAGCUUUUUGAAAAAAAAAACAAAAAACAAAAACUCAAAACACUAUUGAGGCAUAUACGGUCUCCCAUAAGAAAUAUAGCAUAGUGUGGAAUCUUAAUUUCUCUCCGGUUUCAAGACUACAGAGGAAUGCAAUAGAUAAGACAUAUUUGCUGUUUAACUAAAGCGACUGUAAUAUUGGAAGACCAAUCCUUCUGUAUUAUAUUGUAUAAUAGUUGCUA